AUGUUUUUUCACUAUCUAUGCCUCCAAUUUCCUCAUUGUUGCAUUCUUUUGUGCUCAUUUUACGCAUCAUUUUACACACAUCUAUCUAUCUAUCUAUCUAUCUAUCUAUCUAUCUAUCUAUCUAUCUAUCUGUCUAUCUAUCUAUCUAUCUGUACCUAUUUUCCAUACACUGCUAUCUAUCUAUCUAUCUAUCUAUCUAUCUAUCUAUCAAGGAUAUAUAAAUUCUUGUUCAACCAGUUUCCUAGUAUCUAUCUAUCUAUCUAUCUAUCUAUCUAUCUAUCUAUCUAUCUAUCUAUCUACUAUGCUUUUUACAUUUCCACAUCACAAAUAUUUGACUUCUCCAUCAUCGCCAUCUUUGUCGCUUCUGACGAUAAGCAAAUGAACUCCAGAAUUCGUUUUUUAAAAUCUUUUUCCUCUUCUUUUAUUUUCCUCUUCUCAUCAUCUCGUCUCUUUUCUCUCUCUCACACUCUCUCUCACACUCUCUCUCAUUCUUUCUCUCUCUCUCUCUCUCUCUGUUUUCAAUCAUAUUUGACUCUUGAUCUUUUAUCUUCGCUUCUUCUGUUUUUGUCCUCCUCACCACAUUCUUGUUCUUAUCAUUUCUAUCGUCUGCUUCGAUUCUAUUUUAUACUUAAUGUAUUUCGUUCAAUUAUUCUGACUUUAUCUGAUUUUACACGGCAUUUCAAGCUUUCUUCUUUUUAA